AUGUUCGGGGGAUUUGGCAGUGCUCCUCCUGGAGGAGGGGGCGGAGGAUCAGGGAACACAGGUAGUGUUUUUGGAACACAAUCUGCGUUUUCAGGUCCACCAGCUGGAAAUGGAGGAUUCACAUUUGGCCAACCAAAUCAACAGAAUCAGCAACCGCCACCACAACAGCAGUCAAAUUGGUCGAACAAAUGGCAGAAUCCACAACUCCAGCAACAAAAUCAGAAGAAUCAACAGGCCAGACAGUUUGGAAAGCCGAAUCGGGGCCAGUUUCAAGGCAACAACAGUUCUCGAGGUGGUUUCAAUGGCAAUGCCAGUGGUAGUUCGAGUUUCGGUAACCAGAAUGGUAGUGCUUUUACAGGUGGAUCAACUUCAUCAGGAGCUUUUGACCAACAACAAAAAGGAGGCAACAACAGGCCCAGAGGAGGGGGAAUGAAUCGCGGAAGAGGAGGGUUUGGACAGAACCGAGGUGGUAAAUUUCAGCAGCAGCAGCAGCCCCAAAAUCAACAACAAACGAAGAAUGUAUUUCAGAGUAAACGCUCAAUUCCUGCUCCAGGAUCUGGUAGUCUGACUGCACCAGGGUUCAAGCCCAGGUCACGACCACCACGCCAAGUACCCGAGUUCUUACUACCAGGAUCAGCUUCGAUAAAACAAGUGCUAUGGAAACAGGAUCCAUGGGACCUUUCGAACCAGCAGGCCAUGGCACGUCUCGAACAGCAGUUUUCAAGUUCCGACAUGCAAACGCUCUAUGAACAGGUAGGAUCUCAUUGA